CGUCAGAGCGGCCUUUUAAACGCGGAACGCAAUUGCAGCGGGUGCGGUGUUCCCGGCGGAGUCGGGGUCCGCGGCAGCUUUUCCUGCUGCGCAAGCGCAAUGCCACUCACCCCGGCAUGGACGCGCUGGGUCUCCUGUGUGCGGUGGCCGCGGUGCUGGCCGCCCUGGCCUGGGGUGUCCCCUGGCUCUGGGAGUCGGCGGGAGGAGUGGAGCGUCGGGAGCAGGCGGGCCUGCCGGGAGGCGGAAGCCGAAGCCUCGUGGUGAUCGCGCACCCGGACGAUGAAGCCAUGUUCUUUGCUCCCACCGUGCUGGGCUUGGCCCGCUUGAGGCACCGGGUGUCCCUGCUUUGCUUUUCUGCAGGAAAUUACUACAAUCAAGGGGAGAUUCGUAAGGAAGAACUCUUGCAGAGCUGUGGUGUUUUGGGAAUUCCACCCUCCCAUGUAAUGAUUAUUGACAACAGGAAUUUCCCAGAUGACCCCGCAGUGCAGUGGGACACAGAGCUUGUGGCCAGCGCUCUACUCCGGCAUGUGGAGAUGAAUGACAUCAACUUGGUGGUGACAUUCGACGCAGGAGGUGUAAGUGGUCACAGAAACCACAUUGCUCUGAACAUGGCCGUGAGGGCUCUGCACUCCAAAGGAAAGUUGCCUAAAGGGUGCUCCGUGCUCACCCUGGAAUCCGUGAAUGUGCUGCGCAAGUACCUGGGCUUCCUGGACCUGCCCUGUUCGCUGCUCCGGCCCCGGGAUGUUCUCUUCGCGCUCACCCGUGAGGAAGUAGCUCAGGCGAAGAGAGCCAUGACCUGCCACCGCAGCCAGCUCCUGUGGUUCCGCCGCCUCUACCUCCUCUUCUCCCGCUAUGUGAGGAUCAACACGCUGCAUUUCCUCUGAAGCCUCUGAGUGCGUUCAGAUCCAAGGAGUCUGAAUAACCCCAGCCAGUCCACAGAGAGCCCGGCCUGGACCUGGCUGACAUCCGCUAGCCAAAGGAGGGCCCCGCCGGAGCAGCCUCUGCGAAAAGGCAGCCUUGCAGGCACUGUGGGGUCGGCCAGGUGUCAGCAGGUGCCUGGCAGGGAGGGAAAGCUACCACCAAGGAUGCUACAGCAAAACCCCAGGGCAGGGGAAGAGUCCUCCUAAGGGCACCGUGUGUGACAAGACCCUAGAACACAGCCCUGGCAGGUGGCUGUUGCCAUAAACAAAUGUAAGCCUGUGCUCGGAACACCUCACCCCUGGGAUGGCCACGUGGUUUCCAAAGCUGCUGUGUUGAUCUGUUGUCUGUCCGCACCUGUGAGGGUAUUGGCACGUGUACCAGCAGACGUCUCCAGAGGCCCAGAG